CCUUCCCCCCCAUUUCUGCCCCAACCAUCGCCUGAGUGGGCAGACAUCGCGUGAAAUCCAAGAGAGAGGGAAAAGAAGGAGAGAGAGACACAGAUCCAGUACGUUCUUGAGUUCAGUGGGUGGGAGAUUCAGGAUAACUGACCUCUUGCCCUCCUCCAGCAACGCCGGGUUUCAUUUGUACGCCAAGUCCUGGUUGGAGAGAGACAGCGCCAUGGAGAUGUGGCCUCUGAUGCAGCUGCUGCUCUUGGGGUUGCUGCUGGGGGCGGCUCGGGGACAGAGAGAUGAGCUCAGCUCUGAGGAGGAAAGAAGAGCCCUGAUGCUGAAGCACUUGCAAGAGGUUCUGGAGCUCUCAGAAGCAACCGGAGAGGAGGCUGCGCAGGAGGUCACCCUGACUGAGGUCGGGGACCCAGCUGGCAAGGAGAUCUUAGACGAAAAUGCAGAGGUGGAGGAACCCGUAGAAGAGCCUGCCCGUACCACACAGCUGUCCCCAACCACAGCACCCCCGGCUCAGCAGGAGGAAGAGGAUGACUUCACCUACGUGUUCUCCCGCCUGAACAGCCUGGAUGCAGCCGUCCACCGCCUCAAUGUGCAGUUCCACCUCAUGGACGUGAAGGUCUCCCAGUUCUCCCAAGGCCUGGCUGAGCUGAAAGGGAGCGUGACCGAGGCUCACGAGUCGCUCGACUCCUUGAAAGAAGUCGCCACGCGCAACCAGAAAGAGCUCGGGCGAAUCGAUGGUUGCUUGCGAGGCCGCCGGACCCACGGCAAAUGCUUCCUGAUCUUCAAGAACUUCGAGGUCUACGACGCGGCGCAAAAACUGUGCGAGCUCAGGGGAGGGAACCUGGCCAUGCCAGCAGACGCCACCGAGCUGGCCAUCCUGCGCCGCUACCUCUACGACGCCUUCCAGCCUAACAACUGGCCUGUCUGGGUGGGCAUCAACGACCGGCGCUCGGAAGGGCUGUGGCUCUUCGAGAACGGGCAGCGUGUGUCCGUCUUCGACUGGUACCGCGACUUCCUGGUGACUCAACCCAACGGCGGCGCCCGGGAGAACUGCGUGUCCCUCAGCUCAGACGAUGGGAAAUGGUGGGACAAUGACUGCGAGCGGCGGAUGUAUUACGUCUGCGAGUACCGCCUCUAGGGGGGGGGCAGCUGGCUCAGGUCCAGUCCCAGGUGCGCAUGGUCGCCAUAGGUAUCCUUCCGCUUACAGUGCAAUGGUUAGCAUGUCUGGGCUAUGCAGGGCUACAACCUCUGGAAGGCAGUGCCCUGUCCCGUUUUCACACCCCCAACCUUACUCCAAGGCACGCAACACACACUCUUCAUGGUGGGCCUGUUAGCCAAAGUAUCCCACUUAUUUCCUAGACCCCUGUCCCCACACCAUAAUAAAGAGGUGCUGGAACUCACCACAAACACUUCCCUCGUUCUCUUAGAAUAGCAAUGGAGAGGCGCACAGGUUCCGGCUGACAAACAAGCCCUGCACGUCCCAGAGUUUUGCUUUUUCUACUGCAUGGCGAUUCGGCAAUUGUAAUUCUAACAGGAUCUCUUGGGAACUAAAAUGUUUUUUUUUAAGGGGC